CGGAGACGCGUAGCGUGCAGUGGCUCACUCAACAAUCCUGGGAGAAAAGAAUGGGAAGAGAAUGGGAAUGGGAAUUUCAAUGUACAAAGUAUAGUGUUAACUAAGUACACAGGCAAGGCGGCGAGCUCAGGAUAAAUACCAUGAAGACAGUGGACAAUACAGUUGUUCAGAUUGAAUAUUAAUACAUGUGCUUUAUUGUUUGAUAUUCCAAAUCCGCGAUAUUCAGUAACCUUCCACUGGAAAACAGGAGGAGCCGCGUUGAUUCCCAUUUGGCUGGGAUCAAAGCUGUGGAAGAGUGGUGUGGGGCCUUCAUUUGACCUCUGACCUGAGAGGGGAGAAGGGAGAUCCACUUCUGAGAUGGAUCAGGUGUCCGAUGAUGAGCUGGACCAUGGGGCGGAAGAGGACAGCGAUAAGGAGGACCAGGAUCUGGACAAGAUGUUCGGGGCCUGGCUGGGGGAGCUGGACAAACUCACACAGAGCCUGGACGAUGGGCGUCCCCAGAAGGCCGUGCAGAAGGCCCCACUCAGGCAAGAGACCAACAUGGCCAACUUCUCCUACCGCUUCUCCAUGUACAACAUCAACGAGGCUCUGAACCAGGGCGACGCCGUGGAUCUGGAUGCUCUGAUGGCCGACCUGUGCACCAUAGAGCAGGAGCUCAGCACCGUGGGCAAGCCCAGCGCCUCCCGCCAGCCCAAGGGUCACCAGAGGGGUCCGGCGGGGCGCGGCGGGAGCGCCAAGCAGGCCGGGGGCGGGGGGGGAGGGAGCAGCGGGGGCAGCUCCAGCAGCAGCACGCGGGCGUCGCCCGCCAACACGGUGCGCGGCGCCGGCGCCGGGGGCCGCCCCCCGGCCUCCAACUUCUCCCUGGACGACAUCACCGCCCAGCUGGAGAAGGCCUCGCUCAGCAUGGACGAGGCGGCCCGCCAGACCUCGUCCCCUUCCUCCUCCUCCUCCUCCUCCUCCUCGUCGUCCUACUCGUCCGCCACGCUGCGCCGGCCGUCGUCCGUGGCGUCGGGCGGGCAGCACAGGCGGGCGGGCUCGGUGGGCGCCGUCAGCGAGCACGAGGUGGCGUCAUCGCGCUCCAGCGUCACCUCCGCCUCGGCGUCCAGCAUGGACUCGCUGGACAUCGACAAGGUGCUGCGGGGGGGCGGGGCCGAGCAGGACGCCGCCCACACCGCUCAGGGACAAACCAGCACAGAGCACUCCUAUCUGGACAGGGAAACGUCCCUGAUUCUGAAAAGCAUUGCGGGAAAACCCUCUCACCUGCUGACCAAGGAGGAGCAGGCUGCCAAGCAGAAGGCAGAGAAGAUCCGUGUGGCCCUGGAGAAGAUCAAGGAGGCGCAGGUCAAAAAGCUGGUGAUCCGGGUGCACAUGUCGGACGAGAGCUCCAAGACCAUGAUGGUGGACGAGAGGCAGACGGUCAGGCAGGUGCUGGACAGCCUGCUGGACAAGUCUCACUGUGGCUACAGCCCCGACUGGUCCCUGGUGGAGACCAUCAACGAGCUGAAGAUGGAGCGCAUCUUUGAAGACCACGAGAACUUGGUGGAGAACUUGCUGAACUGGACCAGGGACAGCCACAACAAGCUGAUGUUCAUCGAGCGCAUUGAGAAGUACGCGCUCUUCAAGAACCCCCAGAACUACUUGUUGGGGCGGAAGGAGACCACAGAAAUGGCUGACAGGAACAAAGAGGCUCUGCUUGAGGAGUGUUUCUGUGGCAGCUCGGUGUCUGUACCAGAGAUAGAGGGAGUGCUCUGGCUGAAGGAGGACGGGAAAAAGUCCUGGAAAAAACGCUACUUCCUGCUCCGCGCGUCAGGAAUCUACUAUGUACCCAAAGGCAAAGCCAAGGCUUCAAGGGACCUGGUGUGCUUCCUCCAACUGGACCACGUCAAUGUCUAUUACGGCCAAGACUACCGGAGCAAAUACAAGGCCCCCACAGACUACUGCUUGGCUCUCAAGCAUCCACAGAUCCAGAAGAAGUCGCAGUACAUCAAGUACCUGUGCUGCGAUGACGUCAGAACCCUCCACCAAUGGGUUAACGGGAUCCGCAUCGCCAAGUACGGGAAGCAGCUGUACGGGAACUACCAGGAGGCCAUGAAGCGCACAGAGGCAGCCUACGACUGGUCCUCCCUCUCCACCUCCAGCAUCCGCUCUGGCUCCAGCUCGGCCAGCAUCCCCGAGUCCCAGUCCAACCACUCGGGCCAGUCGGACAGCGGGGUGGACACGGGCUCCUCCUCGCACGGCCGCUCCCAGAGCGUGGUGAGCUCCAUCUUCUCCGAGGCCUGGAAGAGAGGCACCCAGAUGGAGGAGAACACUCGGAUGAGGAUGGAGUCUCACAGAGGAGCCACCCUGCCCCACCCCUCCCACAGUCACAGACCAGCCCAGCACACGGAGACCCCCGGGCCACCACCACCACCAGCCCAGCCUCAACCACAAGUCCAGCUCCAGCCCCAAGUCCAGCCUCAACCCCAGCCCCAGCCUCUGCCCCAGCCACAAGUUCAGCCUCAGCCCCAGCCACAAGUUCAGCCUCAAACCCAGCUCCAGCCCCAAUCCCCUCAGAAGUACCAACAGGAACCCCUCCAACACUUUCCUCCACCACCACCCCAACAGUACCAGGCCCCUCCCCCCCAACAGUACCAGGCCCCUCCCUCCCAACAGUACCAGCCCCCUCCCCCCCAACAGUACCAGGCCCCGCCCCCACAGCAACACCACCAGACCCACAGCAGCCACACCCACAUGCCCCCGCAGCCCUCCCCGCCGCCCCCCCCACCGCCUCCUCCCCCUCCUCCUCCUCCCAGCGUUCCCCAUCACUCCACCCCCACCAUGUUCGCCAAGUACAGCACCAUCACACGCCUGCAGAACGCCUCCCAGGCUGCCAAUCACCAAAGGCUCCACCCAUUUGCCCAUCGGCCGGCCCCGCCUCCAGCCCCAGCCCCUCCCCCCCAGGCUCCGGUCAAGCUGCACGUCAACAGCAUGGUCAAUGUUCCGCCCCCGCCCCCUCCUCCCCCCCCUCCCUCCAUGCCUGCUCCGGGUUCGGCCAUGGCCGUUCUCAAGCUGGGGCCCCCCAGCCCGGCGACCCUGCCCCCUCAGUUCAUUCCCCCUCCGCCCCCGCCCCCGCCGCCUCCCCAGAGCAACGGGGUGUCCUACCCUCCCCCCCCUCCUCCCCCCCCACCCGCCUCCAUGCCAGGCUUCUGUCUGACCGGCGGCUCCAACAGCCUCCAGCAGGCCCUGACCGAGAGGUUCCCCAGCCCCCCCCAGGACCUGUCCCCCCCGGCUAGCAUGGUGGAGUCUCCCCCGCCCACUUCUCGGUGCCCGCCCCCCCCUCCUCUCCCGCACCAGCAGUUCCCCCCCGCGCCCCCCCCUGCCCCGCCCAAGACCUUCUCCCCGGGCUUUCUCCCCCAGGCUGCCCUCAAGCCCACGUCACCAGUCUGUCCCUUCGUACCCACUCCGCCUCCAGCGUCUCAGAACCCGCCCCCUCCACCGCCCCCUCCACCUCCGGUGUCCAUGAAAAAGCAGCACAGCCUCCAGAUCGGCCACAGCCCCAACCAGCCCCCACCUACCCUGCCCAAACAGCACAGCCUUUCCAAGCCAUCGCCCAUGUCCUCCCAGGCCGCCUCCACCACAUCACUGGUCAAGCAGUUGGCGAGCCAGUUCCCUGGGUUCCAGGCCAAUCACGUGGACAGCCCCAAGGCUCCCCUGUCCCCCCCCGCUGUAAAGGCCAAACCAAAAUGGCAGCCGGGAGGGGGUCAGGGCCAGCAGCAGUCCCCAGAGUUUCCCCCUCCUCCUCCAGAGAGCGGCUUGGUUUUUCCUGCCCCUCCCCCCCCUCCGCCAGCCCCGAUCACGGGCCCCACCCCUCCACCUCCCCCUCUUCCCCCAGGGAACCUGGGCUCACCUGUGAGGAGGUCCACCUCCGCGUGCGCCCCCUCCCCCCCCAGCUGGGGUGGCAAGAAGCCCCCUCCCACACCUCAGAGGAACUCCAGCAUCAAGGAGGACUCCUCAGCGUCCUACCAAGAGUCCAGGAGGAACCUGCUGAGCAAGUUUGCUCCCCACUCCUCCACCGCCUCGCCUCCUCCCCCCACCAAUGCCUCCUGCUCCCCCUCCAAGGACUCCUUCUCCGCAGGCCCCUCCGCUCCUCCCAAACCGGGCAAGCUGAACCUGGCCAACCUGCCCCUGGCCCUGCAGGCCAAAGUGGGCCAAGCGAAGCAGCCUAGUGCCGACUUUCCAUCCCCUCCCCCCGAGUGCGCCUUCUUCCCCCCUCCUCCUCCGGCCUCCGACCUCUUACCCCCUCCCCCCCUCCCCGGGGAGGGCCACAACGGUAUUCCCAAGGUUGCGGUUGUCAACCCCCAGCCCCAGACCACCCCCACCCCCCCAGCGACCAACAACUCCUGGGGGAAAGGCUCCCUGAAGAAGACGGCCCCGCCCACGCUGCUGCGACGCAACAACGCCACCUCGGAGCCCCCGCCCCUGUCCCCCCCCCCCCUGCAGGGCUCUCCCUUCCCCCCGCCCACCUCUCCCAAGGGCAGCUCGUCGGGCCAGCCCAACUUCCUGGAUGACCUGAGCAGGACUCUGAAGAGGAAGUCGGUAGGGCGGCAGGGUUCCCUCACUUCCUCCCGCCUGACAGGCAAGAUGGAGCCCGUGGGGACCAUGGACGACAUGGCCCUGCUGCCCCCCCCGCCCCCGGAGCUGCUGCUCGACCAGCAGGGUCAGGGGGGAGGGGGCUACAUGUCGGGGAACAUCUCAGGCUAUGCAACGCUGCGGCGUGGACCCCCGCCCGCGCCGCCCAAACGCGGGGACACCACCAAACUGACUUGAGACCCGCUGAAGGAAUGCUGGGGAUAUUUAGCGGAGCUAUGCUUCCUCUGGAGAUUGUACCAGAAGGUACAGUCAGCCGAAACGGAACUCUUUUUGCGCCUCGGUGAAGAGGGUCCCGGUGAAUACUUUGCCGUGUAAAUACUGAACUGAAACGCCAAAACACGUAUCAGCUUCGCCAUAUGUUUGUGCCACGUAUUGAGAAAACCAUCUUAACUUCAGGAUUUAUUUGCAUUGGUACUGCAUGGACCUCCUGUUUGGAUAAAGCUGUAAAACAUGAAGCUCUUGUUUGUUGUGUGUGUGUGUGUGUGUGUGUGUGUGUGUGUGUGUGUGUGUGUGUGUGUGUGUGUGUGUGUGCGCGCGUGUGCGCGUGCAUGCGAGCGUGUGCGUGGGUGUAUGAAGUAGUAACCAUUAGGAAGGCCUUUCUGGAACAGGGAUUGUUUUUGUUUUUAUAUGAAAUUAUUUAAUAAUACAUGAAAGGAUUUUUUUAUUUUAUAGGAACGUUUUUAAUAGCUGGGUAGCGAAAGGCAAAAUCGAUAAGUUUUGACACCAUGAACAGGGAAUGUGACAGAAUGUGUACAGACAGACAGAGGUUUGGAGAAAUUGCGGAAUACUUGAUUAGAAAUGAUGGAUCUUGAGUCAGAUAUUGGAGGGUUCCCAGUGUGUUUUUGAUGUCUCAAGUAUUACUAGAAUGUUGUAGAAGUGUCUCAUAUUUCUCUGCUUCAAUUUAGCAAAACCAAUUCAGAAGGAAGCCUUAUUUCACAGAAGAUUGCACAGACUUUAUGGAUCUCAAAUGGCAAAAGGAGAUGCUGUCCAUCGACUGUGUGUCCAGAAACAAUGAGUGACGUGAUUUUGAAGAAUUCUGUUUGUAUUAUUGUCUUAUUUUGUUUAUUUAAUGCAUAGACAAACAUGGCUUAAGCGAAGAUGUUAAGAAAUGGCACGAGGUGUGUUGUGUCUCUGUGGGCUUUGUGAGUCUGUGGAGUGUGUUGUGUUGGCUCCAUCUCAGACCUGAUCUUCUUCUCUUCAUAUCUGUACAGUUCUGGCUGCUGCUUCCCCCAACCUCUCUCUCAUCCAUCCUCCCUCUGGUCCCCCACCCUCCCUCUCAUCCACCCUCCCUCUGGUCCCCC